GUGGUUUCCGGAACAAUAUUAGCUGCAUGAGAAAAGGCGGGUGAAACUACAAUCCCCGGCAUGCUUUGCUUUGGCAAAGCCGCGCAUGAUCAGAGCGCUGUGUGGGAGUCCGAGUGAUUGUUCCUUGCUUGCUGCCACAGUUUUCAGGGACCAUAAUGGGCUGUCAGGAAGUGCAUGCAGUGACCUUAUUCGCCUUUGUAUGCGGGACGGCCUCCAUCUCCGGCCUCUUUGCUGCCACUCUGCUGCCUCAGUGGAGGCAAAUGAAACUCUACACUUACAACCGGAAUGAGAAAAACCUGACUGUCAGCAUUGGGCUGUGGGUGAAAUGCACGCGCUUGGAGUGGAGCAGGGAUUGCAUGAUGUAUGAUAUGGAGUGGUACGCAAGCGUGGAUCAGCUGGACAUACGUGUUCUGCAAUUCGCUCUGCCCUUCAGCAUCCUGAUUGCUGCCUCCGCACUCAUACUGUGCCUGACUGGAAUCUGUAACACGACCUUUAGCUCAAGUGUGCCAAACCUAAAGCUGGUCAAAUGUCUUGUUAACAGUUCUGGGUGCCAUCUUGUGGCAGGGCUGUUAUAUAUACUAGCGGGCAUCAUGAGCAUUAUGCCCUCCAUCUGGUCUGUGUUUUACAAUGGUGUUCUAAAUGUCAAGUAUGGGCCCUACUUCACUUACGAUAUUGCUGUUUUUGUGGCUAUUGGCAGUUCCGGGGGCAUGUUCUUCACUGCUCUCCUACUGUUUCUGUGGUAUUGUGCCUGCAAAUCUCUGCCCUCUCCAUUCUGGCAGCCCCUGUAUUCUCACGUUCCUAGUAUGCACAGCUACGUGCCCCCGUCCUACCAGUCCCGCUCCCGCAUGUCCGCCAUUGAGAUAGACAUUCCUGUUGUUACACACACUGCCUAACAUAUGCGUGGCAUGCUUGUUCUUAUGGACAUUCAUAGUACAUCUCAUUUUAUGUUUAUAUAUAUAUUUUGUCUAUUUUAAUGUACUUUCCUUCAUUUGGCCUCCACUUCUAUUUUCUUAUGUGCAACCUGCUAAGGUAGUACUUGCAUUACACUAGGGGGCACUUUUAUCAAGGGUCGAAUUGAAAAUUCAAAUUUUAAGAGUUUUUCUUUUAUGGUCAAAACUGUCAUUCGACCAGGGAGUUAUUCAAAUGUAAAAAAAAAA